AAACAAAAAAAAACCCCAAUUGUGCGAAUUAAGCUGAGGCUGAGGCAUCUGCUUUAGUUGGCUGCAUAUAGUCCAGCUGUAUAGAGCUCAAGCGCGCAAAGAUAAUGUCAGACACACUCCACGCAACUCUUCUGCUGCAACUGCUGCUGCUGGCGAUGAGUCUGCUGCUGACUGCAGCAAACAUUGAGCAUGCCGCUUACAGCAACGAGGAUUUAUUGGCAGAGGAAUCGGCGCCAGUGGGCAGCCUGCUGCUGCGUCAGCGUCGCGAUAAUUGGCUGCCCCACUUUGGCUGUGGCAAGCAACACAAAUGGCAUGGACAUCAUGAUUACUAUCAUCAUCAUUGGCCUGCCCAGCCAUUCCCUUAUGCAGGUUUUAAUUUCGGCUUUCCAAUGUGGCCCAACUUUGGCUUUGCUUUUGAUAAAGAUGCAGCUCCACCCUUUAAAACUCCAUUGGCACCUUUCAACGUUGACUCUGAUAAGCCACCCAGCACAGCAGCGCCAGAAACUACAACAGCAACGCCAGCAACUACAACAGCAGCACCAGCAACUACAACAGCAGCAGCAACCACUACAACAGUUGCCAGCAGCACAGCGGAUCCUAGCUUGGAUAUUGACAUACGCUUUGGCCGUGACUAGCUUUAAGUUACUUUUAAGUAUUAACUGCAUUAAAUAGCAAGCUUAAGUGUCAAAGUUAUCUAUGCAUUAAAUUCUUAAGCGAGUGCAUUGCACGCUUUGCUUGGCAGGAUGCAACUUUAAAGGUUUCGCUCAUUCUAAAACAUAAACAAAAUCGUUAAAAAUGCAAAAUAACAACAAAAGAAAGUCGUAUCAGAUCUGGAAUUGAGCACACGCAUACACAAGCGA